ACCCCUAUAAAAAGACACCGCUCUCGAAUCACGUCAGUCGCGUCUUUUAUAAUCUUUAUUUCUCAAACAAUAUAUAUAUAUAUAUAUAUAUAUUCUCAAUGUACCAAUUGAAAGAAAUUUAAAAUUUUUCUGUGAGUGUAAAAACGAAAAAAAAACAACCAAUAACAGGAAAUUAAAUUUGAAAAGAAAAAAAAACAUCCUAAAUUUUGCAUCCGUUAUAACAAUGAUAACGGCGUUGCCAGUACCUUCGGUGAAGGUUUUUCACAAAACUUACUAUCAAGAAAAGGGUUCGAGAAUAGGAAGUAGUCAACCUGGAAGUCCAUUAGCCGAUAGUGAAGCAGUUGUUGCGUUAGUAGACAAAGAGCCUCCAGAGUACUAUUUUUGUGGAAAGGUGAAUUCAUUACACAUAUUGGUGGGAUCAAUGCUCCUUGGAUUAGUGGGAUUGGUUGUUGGACUCGUCCAAUUAGCACCUGGAGCUGAAGCUGCACAAUAUUCAGCAGUUCUUAUUGCAACUGGUUCCGGUUUAUUAAUUUUAGGUAUCCUAUUGAUUCCACUAAGAUCCAUAUGCAUCAGAAAGCAAAAAGCUUCACAAAAAGAUGGCGCACAUCAACGAAGUGUUACCAGUAUAGAUAUGCUUUUAGCUCAACACAGAGAAUUCACAGUAUUGACACCUGAUGAAUUGGAGAAUCUCGUCGGUAGAUCGACAUCAGCUUUGGAGAAUAAAAUACGAAAACAAGGUCACAAUACCUAGGUGCCACAGAAGUCGAAGAGAGUCAUGGCGUCAUCACCAUGUUCGACAACAGCCUCAUCUUCGACAUCACCUGGAACAAACUCGUCCAUUCUUUACACUCAUCGUUGUGAUUCGAGGGAGCACAGUCUUGUUUAGUCAACAUUGAAAAAAAAAAAAAAAAAAAAUUACUGUGCUCUCGAUACAUAAAAAAAAAAAAUCGAAUCCACAUAAAAAUAUUUGGUCCACAAAUUUCUUAAUCGCAAUCAAAUUUUUUGCGUAUUAAAGAAUUUAUACAUAUUUCUCAAUUACAUCUUACUAUCAUACUCAUAAUAAAAAAAAAAAACCCAAAUAAGUAACUCCAAAUUGGUGUGAAUUAAAAUUUUUAAUUUUCAAAAUUAUUUCAAUUUUUUUUUCAAAUUUUUUAAUUUUACUUGAUAAAUAUAAAAAUUAUUUCGAAAAAUCCAAAUUUUUUUUUUCUCUUAAUAUUUGAAACAGGGGAUAUGAAAUCGAACCUUGUUUUGAAUUUCUCGGAAGGAAAAAAAAGGAGGGAGGGGGGGUUGAGAAAAAGGGGGUGGAGAAAAAAAAAGUGAGAGAGAGAGAGAGGAGAGAUUCUGUGCUUGGCAAGAUAUUCAGAAUCCAGGCGCUUCCUGUGUUCAAAAGUGCCUUUCUCCCAUAUAUAUCUUCUUUUCGUUGUCACAAUCAUUCGCUGCGUCAUUAAAAAUCAUUUUUCAUUAAAUUCGAAUAUUUCAUCUCAAGUGGAGUUUGCUUCGAGAACUAAUUGUAUUUGUAAAUUUUAUAAACACACUGUGAGUAAUUUAAAAAA